UUCACACCAAACACUGCGCCCAGUUCUCAGAUCAGAGUGCGUUUGGAGAGAGAGAGAGGAGAGAGAGGGAGAGAGGAGUGUUAUUUUCUGAGUUCUCCGGCAAAUUCCCGGCCGGCAUUUUCGCUGACUAAGUUUUCUCUUUCCGGUGCCGAUUUUGUGUACUUCUGUAGGAGCAGUCGGAGCUCCGGCGAGUGCAGUAGUAGUCUCCAGCGAGACUUUAUACACCGUUACGCUAGCUGCUUUUGUUUAUUCGGGUGCGGUCGGAGUUUCUUCUUUGUUCCAAUUCUGACCGUUGGAACUCUUUCUAGCUCUGAGUUUUUUGCUUCGAGGAAGAGAGUUCUAGGGUUUUGUACAUUUGACUCUUCUAAAACAGAGUUGCCAUUUUGGGCAGUUGGGUUUGAGGGUGUGUCAUUUUGGCUAAGCCUACUUUUUCUUGUUUAUUGGUGCUACGCCAUAUCUGGGUUUGUCUUGUAUUUUUUUUGGGCGGUUCCGAAUCUAGCCGUUGGAGAAAGUUGGCAUUUUUCUGCUUUGUUUUGCUCCAAUUUUUUUCUAUCUUUAAUUUUUUUUUUCUGAAGUGUUUGUUUUGAGAGUUUUGAGCUCUUCGAGCCAACUGUAAAGAUAGUUUAGGCUUUUGGGUCAUCUGGGUUGCCUGCAACUUCUUUUAUGGCUUUGCAGUGCCUUUGAGAGUCCUCAACAAUGCGAGCAUAUAUGAGUAUGAGAAGGUUACUCUGGUUAUUCACUCUUGCCGUCUUAACUCCCAUUUACGUGAGAUCUCUGAACCCUUCCUUGAACGACGACGUUUUGGGGUUGAUUGUGUUCAAGGCUGAUAUCCAAGAUCCGAAGGGAAAGCUUGCAACUUGGAACGAAGAUGAUGACAGCCCAUGUGGCUGGGUGGGCUUAAAAUGCAACCCCAGAUCCAAGAGAGUCACUGAGCUUAACCUUGAUGGGUUCUCUCUUUCGGGUCGGAUAGGCAGAGGGCUAUUCCAGUUGCAGUUUCUCAGGAAGCUUUCCCUGGCCAGGAACAAUCUCACUGGAACCAUAAGCCCCAAUAUAGCCCGAAUCGAUAACCUUCGAGUUCUAGAUUUAAGCGAGAACAAUCUCUCUGGAACUAUUUCCGAAGACUUCUUUCGACAAUGCGGGUCUCUGCGAGUACUUUCAUUGGCCAGUAACAAGUUUUCAGGGAAAAUUCCGGAGGGUUUGAGCUCAUGUUCAACCAUUGCUUCGAUUAACCUUUCCUCCAACCAGUUUUCAGGGUCGUUUCCAUCUGGAAUUUGGUCUUUGAAUGGGCUUAGAUCGUUGGAUUUGUCUGACAAUUUGAUGGAGGGUGAAGUUCCCAAGGGGAUUGAAGGGUUGAACAAUUUGCGAGCUAUCAAUCUCGGGAAGAAUCAGCUUUCUGGGAAGAUUCCAGAUGGCAUUGGAAGUUGUUUGCUUGUGAGGUCCAUUGAUCUCAGCGAGAAUUCCUUCUCCGGGAACCUUCCAGAGACAAUGCAAAAACUUUCCCUCUGCAAUAAUCUAAACCUGCGCGGGAACUCUUUCGCUGGUGAUGUUCCUACGUGGAUUGGAGAAAUGAAAAGCCUCGAGAGUUUAGACCUUUCGGCCAACAAAUUUUCCGGUCCUGUUCCAACUUCUUUAGGAAAUCUUCAAUCCCUAAAGAUUCUUAACUUUUCUACCAAUGGUCUAACUGGGAGCUUGCCAAAGUCACUGGUUUCUUGCACAAACCUUCUGUCUUUGGAUUUCAGUCAGAAUUUAAUGACAGGUGAUCUUCCUUCAUGGAUUUUCAACUCGGGUUUACAAGUGGUUUCACUUUCAGGGAAAGAACGGGGUGGAAGCAUGAAUGCUCCUACUUUGUUAGCGACGACUGCGCUUCAAAAUCUGCAAGUCUUGGAUUUAUCCUACAAUUCAUUUUCCGGUGAAAUAGCAUCAACUAUUGGGGGUUUGAGCAGCUUGAAAUCUUUGAAAUUGUCCAGGAACUCUCUUGUUGGUCGUAUUCCAGUGACUGUGGGAGAGUUGAAGUUCUUGGACAACCUUGAUUUGAGUCAGAAUCAACUGAAUGGAAGCAUUCCUGUGGAAGUUGGUGGACUUGUGUCCUUGAAGGAACUUAGGCUCGAGGAAAAUGAGCUUUCAGGAAAAAUUCCAACUUCAAUUGAGAAUUGUUCGUCAUUAACAACUUUGAUCCUAUCACAGAACAUGCUAAGUGGUCCAAUACCUGCAGCAAUGGCUAAACUUGUCAACCUACAAAAUGUGGAUUUGUCUUCUAACAGACUCGCUGGAGGCCUACCAAAACAAUUGGCUAAUCUACCCAAUCUCCUGUCGUUCAAUAUUUCUCACAACAACCUUCAGGGUGAACUGCCAGCCGGUGGAUUUUUCAACACCAUAUCCCCCUACUCUGUGUCCGGCAACCCAUCUCUUUGUGGCUCCGCAGUCAAUAAGUCUUGUCCCGCUGUACUUCCUAAACCCAUUGUCCUGAAUCCCAACUCCUCCUCAGACUCUGCUCCAGGUGAGUUACCUACAACUAUGGGCCACAAAAGAAUCAUUCUCAGCAUUUCUGCACUCAUUGCAAUUGGCGCAGCUGCUGUCAUAGUCAUUGGUGUGAUUGCGAUCACUGUACUUAAUCUUCGUGUCCGGUCUUCCUCAUCAAGAUCAGCUGCAGCCCUCACAUUUUCUGCAGGGGAUGAGUUCAGUCAUUCCCCUACUACAGACAACAAUUCUGGCAAGCUCGUGAUGUUUUCGGGCGAUCCUGACUUCAGCACAGGUGCACAUGCUCUGCUCAACAAGGAUUGUGAACUUGGCCGAGGUGGGUUUGGAGCAGUGUAUAGAACAGUUCUUCGUGAUGGUCGUCCUGUUGCAAUCAAGAAGCUCACAGUUUCAAGUCUUGUCAAGUCACAAGGAGAGUUCGAAAGGGAAGUUAAGAAAUUGGGCAAAGUUAGGCAUCAAAAUCUUGUAGCACUUGAAGGCUACUAUUGGACGCCAUCCUUGCAGCUGCUCAUAUCCGAAUUUGUCUCUGGUGGUAGCUUGUACAAGCAUCUCCAUGAAGGAUCAGGUGGGAACUUCCUCUCAUGGAAUGAGAGGUUCAACAUAAUUCUUGGUACUGCAAAGAGCUUGGCUCACUUGCACCAACUUAACAUUAUUCACUACAAUAUAAAGUCGAGCAAUGUUCUGAUUGACAGUUCAGGUGAACCCAAAGUAGGAGACUUUGGCCUAGCGAGAUUGUUGCCAAUGCUCGACCGCUAUGUCUUGAGCAGCAAGAUUCAGAGUGCACUUGGUUACAUGGCACCGGAGUUUGCUUGCAAAACAGUGAAGAUAACUGAGAAAUGUGAUGUGUAUGGAUUUGGGGUUUUGAUUUUGGAGGUGGUGACCGGCAAAAGGCCUGUUGAGUACAUGGAAGAUGAUGUGGUGGUGCUUUGCGACAUGGUUAGAGGAGCACUAGAAGAAGGCGGAGUUGAGGAAUGUGUUGAUGGAAGGCUCCAAGGGAAUUUCCCCGCUGAAGAGGCAAUUCCUGUGAUGAAAUUGGGUCUGAUAUGCACCUCACAAGUGCCCUCAAAUCGACCAGACAUGGGGGAGGUUGUUAAUAUAUUGGAAUUGAUCAGAUGUCCUUCAGAAGACCAAGAAGAGUUGGGAUCAUCAAAUUAGUUUUUAAUCUUCAGAGAUUGAUUGAAAGGGAUGUAACAAUCGGAUAUCCGGAAUGAUUGGAUAUCCGGUUAUCGGGCGAAGAAGAAUCCGGUUUUCUUUCUUACUUCAUUAGAUUAGAGAAGAAACACUUCACAAAAUUUUCUUAUCCUAUUCAUCUUGUGUUCACUUGUUUAUGUUCAUGUUCAUGUUCACUAUGUAUUUUCUUCUGUGUAUUACUAUCUCAGAUAGCCGGAUUCCCCUUCACCAGGUUUCUCAUUAGAUUAGAUUUGCUACUAAUCUUUUGUACUUUACUUAUAUCUGUCUUAGUUUUAUGCCCUUUUAUCUAAACUGAUUCUACUA